CACCAGCAGGAACAGCGGCAGCAGCGAACUCUGGGAGGACGGAAGAGCUACUCGUCGGCCAGCCGGAGGGGGGACGCGAUGCAGCGGCACGCUGUGCCAUCCUGGAUUCUGCUCUUCUGCGCACUCUCACAGGUAUGCUGCCAAAUGUGUGGAGGCCCUUGCUACUGUCCCAGGUCUCCGCCCCAUUGCCCUGCCGGUGUCCCCCUGAUCCUGGACGGCUGCCGCUGCUGCCGGGUCUGUGCCAGGCAGCAAGGCCAGACGUGUGACGACAAAUUCCUGUGCGAUGCCCAACGGGGACUGCAGUGUGACUACAGUGCUAGCUUUCCAGGCGGUCCAGGAGAGUGUGUCAGUCAGGAGGAAUUGGGCUGUGAGCUCAAUGGAGAGACGUACCAGGAGGGCCAGGUGUUCCAGCCAUCAUGUGGCCUGCAGUGCCGCUGUGCCGGGGGGGGUGUGACCUGUGUGCCCCUGUGCAGUGACGAAGUGCAGCUGCCCAGUGCAGACUGCCCACAUCCCCAGCACAUCCAGCUGCCAGGGAAGUGCUGUAAGGAAUGGGUCUGUGAGAACACGGACAACAGCGUCCUCCAGAAGACCCUGCCAGCCUACAGGCUAAAUGGCACAAGGAUGGACGUCUCCAGUCAGAGCCGGAUCCCUAUUUCCAACUGCAUCGAGCAGAGCACAGCGUGGAGCCCCUGCUCCCAAACCUGCGGCCCAGGAAUAUCCACCCGUGUUUCCAACCAGAACCGGGCUUGUCGUUUGGAGCUGCGUAGUCGGCUGUGCCAGCUGCGACCCUGCCAGGGGGCUCCCCUCAGGGUCUCUAAGCAGCCGAAGCGCUGUGAGCCCAGCUACAGGUCUGCGCAGCUGGUACGGCUAGAGUACCUGGGCUGUCACAGCGUACGACUCUACCUCCCCCGGUACUGUGGGAUCUGCUCCGAUGGUCGCUGCUGCACUCCGAACCGCACCCGCACAGUCUGGGUGAUGUUCCGCUGCCCGCGAGGUCGCCUGCUGAGCCAUCCCGUCAUGGCCAUCGACUCCUGUUCCUGUCACUACCACUGUCCCCAGCUGCUCAACACUGCCCCCAGGAGGCCUGAGCCUAUCCGCACCAUAUUCCAGUUAUUCCAGUUAUAAGUGCCCAUAUUCAUCUCUUUUCCAUAUUUUAAUCCCACUACAUGCCUACAUACCCUUAUCUGCUAUCCAUGUCCUUGGAAGUAACUUCCCUUGUAAUGUUCCAGCAGGACUGGACUGGGAUUAAAAAUCAGCCCUGUUGCUUUUGCCCAUACAGGCCUAUACCUACCUACACAUGCACUUUAGAGCAAUAUUUCUAAAGCAAAAAAUUUAAAUGUACCUGAAAUUAAAUAGAAAACCUAAAUAGAACUUAUCACCUAAAUAGAUACGCCAAAUAGAACUUGUGUUGUAGAAUUUGUUGGUCUGAGGAGCAGAUUUUGGUGGCCCAUAACCCCAUUGACCCAUCAGGAAAAUGCCCAGUAUGCCAGAUGGCCAGCCCAGUCCUGUACUAUGGGCUAAUCAUAUAUCACUGAAUCCCUGGCCAUAGCUUCUGCCACUGAGAUCCCAAAAAUGCUACAUAAUUGCUAAUCUACAGAAAAGGAUGUAUGGAAUCUAGUAUCCAAUGUGUAAAUGAGCCUUUCCACUGGUUUAGCCUUCAGAUGAAAAAGAAAAGCAUGUCACUAACUUACCAUACCACGAAUUGCCAUUGUAAAUCAUGGGCUCCUAAUCUUUUCCUUCAUGGGGGUUCGUCUGAACUGCACCUAGUCUGGUCACUCACCUAGGACCAAUUUGCCUUGGGAGUCCUUGCCAGGGGCAUUUCCCCUCC